AUGGCAACAGCGGCAGUAGCCGAGGCCCGGAAGGUGCCGCGGCCUGGGCGCGGAGGAGUAAUCCCUCACGGACUAUCCGAGGAGGAAGCCCGUGUCCGGGCUAUUGCUGAAAUUGUGAACAGCAUGGUAGACCUCUCUCGCAAAGGACAAGAUGUGGACCUUAACGCCCUCAAAUCUUCUGUGUGUCGGAAGUACGGACUCUCGAAGGCCCCGAAGGCCAAGCCUGUUCGCACUGCAUCCGGGAUUGCUGUUGUAGCCGUUAUGUCAAAGCCUCACAGAUGCCCGCAUAUUGCCACGACUGGAAAUAUCUGCGUGUACUGCCCGGGUGGACCAGAUUCGGAUUUCGAGUACAGCACGCAGUCUUACACUGGAUAUGAGCCCACCAGCAUGAGAGCUAUACGAGCUAGAUAUAACCCCUAUGUCCAGGCGAGAAGCAGAAUUGAUCAGCUUAAAAGGUUGGGUCACAGUGUCGAUAAGGUUGAAUUUAUCUUGAUGGGUGGUACCUUUAUGUCACUUCCAUCAGAAUAUCGUGAUUAUUUUACAAGGAAUCUUCAUGAUGCGCUGUCAGGGCAUACUUCUGCCAAUGUUGAAGAGGCAGUGACCUAUUCUGAGCACAGUGCAGUAAAGUGUAUUGGAAUGACCAUUGAAACAAGGCCAGACUACUGUCUUGGACCACAUUUGAGGCAGAUGCUUUCCUAUGGUUGUACACGACUGGAGAUCGGAGUGCAAAGCACAUAUGAGGAUGUUGCCCGUGACACCAAUAGGGGCCACACAGUAGCAGCUGUGGCCGAUUGCUUUUGCUUGGCAAAGGAUGCUGGUUUCAAGGUAGUUGCUCAUAUGAUGCCUGAUCUUCCAAAUGUUGGGGUUGAGAGAGACUUAGAAAGUUUCAAGGAGUUCUUUGAGAGCCCUUCAUUUAGGGCAGAUGGGCUCAAAAUCUAUCCCACACUUGUGAUUCGUGGAACUGGUCUUUAUGAACUUUGGAAAACUGGCAGAUAUAGAAAUUAUCCACCGGAACAGCUUGUGGACAUUGUAGCUCGAAUAUUGGCAAUGGUUCCCCCAUGGACUCGUGUAUAUAGAGUUCAGCGAGAUAUUCCUAUGCCUCUAGUUACUUCUGGUGUUGAGAAGGGGAAUCUUCGAGAGUUAGCUUUAGCUCGGAUGAGUGAUUUGGGCUUGAAAUGCCGUGAUGUUCGAACACGUGAAGCUGGGAUCCAAGACAUUCACAACAAUAUAAAGCCAGAAGAAGUUCAGCUUGUUCGUCGUGAUUAUACCGCAAAUGAGGGAUGGGAAACUUUUCUUUCAUAUGAAGAUACACAUCAGGAUAUUCUUGUUGGGCUAUUGCGUUUGCGGAAAUGUGGACGUAAUGUAACUUGCCCUGAACUCACAGGGAAGUGUUCUAUUGUUCGUGAAUUACAUGUUUAUGGGACAGCUGUUCCCGUCCAUGGACGGGAUGCUGAUAAACAACAACACCAGGGUUACGGUACCCUACUGAUGGAGGAGGCAGAGAGAAUUGCCCAUAAAGAGCACAGAUCAACAAAGGUAGCUGUCAUUUCUGGUGUGGGAACAAGGCAUUACUAUAGGAAGUUGGGCUACGAGCUUGAAGGUCCUUACAUGGUAAAAUACUUGACAUAA